AGGUUCGUGCUUGAUCGGUCGUUGUACUAGAAAGUAACAGAAAGUUAACCGACGACCCCUGUAACCUUGUGCCCUAGAUCGCAUCUGUCAACCUGCAUCGAUACACCCGAUACAUCGUGGUGUUGGUUACAGGCCGUCCGACAGCAAAGAGUGUGUAACCCGUCCUCGACCAUUUGCAUUGAAAAACAUGCCGAAAAUGAACUGAAAACAGUGGCAGAACAGUGCGUGUGUGUGUUAUGUGUGCGUAUGCGCCUAUCGGUACUGUUAGAAUAGAGUGAAAUCCUUCGUUUCGAGAGUCCCCUUCCCACCAGGAGCUACCGUUUGCCAACCAAUAUUUGGCCCAAUAUCUACCCCAAUUUCGGGAAGGGGUAGAACACGCCACGAGGGAACGACGGCGCCCCGCCCCGUUGGCUCAUGAUUAUAUUUCACUGUCGUACGCAGUUUUAGCUUCGGUUCUUUCGCCUGUUACGUUCGUGCUGAAGACGCAGCAAGAAGGCAUCCAAAAUGGUCGAGAUUAACAAGAAACUGUUGCCCAUGAAGGCACACUACUUCCUCUUCAAUGCAGGAACGGCUCCAGUAGUGCCUUUUAUGCCGACGCUCGUGCGGCAGCUCGGCUUCUCUACGGUGAUCGUCGGAACGAUCUACACGGUCCUGCCGAUCGUGGGCAUGCUGGUGAAACCCCUGUUCGGCAUCAUUGCCGAUCGGUUUCAGCGCCAGAAGCUGCUGUUUCUGAUCUUUCAGAUCCUUACAGCCGUUCCGUUCUUUCUGAUCAUGUUCAUCCCGGCGAUCCCACAGGACUCGACCGUCACAUUCCACUGCCACAAUGGGGCGGCCGACCUGAAGUACUGCCCGGACAAUGGGACCAGCAUUGACGCGUGCCUGGUGGAAAGCAUCACCACGAACGAGAGCAACGGCACGCUGCUGUGCGAUAUGGAGUGCCGCACCGAACCGUGGAUGUGGGACACGGUGUGCAAGUACUGGAACGUGUCGGCGUACUGCGACGAGAAGAACAUACCGGCCGAUCGCAUCCUCCGACUGACGGGCGUCGUGCCCAACAACCACAUCAAUCUGGUCGACGAGUGUCUGUACUUUAUGCUGCGCGAGGGCCAGAUGGACGGCGACCGGGUACCGCUGUACUGUCCCGCGAACGCGACCGACUUCCGGACGAGCUGCCAGGUGCAGUGCAACAACGAGCAGGUGAUGGGUGCAAUCUCACACUCGAAAAUUGCCGACGGCGACGUGACGGGGCUGUAUCAGUUCUGGUUGCUGUUCCUGUUCCUGAUCGUCAGCUGGGCCGGUAUGGCGGUAGUGGUUAGCGUCGGCGAUGCGAUCUGCUUUGAGAUGCUGGGCGACAAGCCGCACCUGUACGGCAACCAGCGGCUGUGGGGUUCGAUCGGCUGGGGCACGGUGUCUCUGUUUGCCGGCUUCCUGGUCGACACGCUGUCCGAGGGCAAGCUGACGAAGGACUACACGAUCGUGUUUUACAUGACGAUCGUGCUGAUUGGGUUCGAUAUGCUUUGCUCCUCCAAAUUGCAGCACACCCAGACACGCCUGUCCACCAACAUUCUGAAAGAUGUUGGCAAAAUAUUUGUCAACUUCCGGAUUUGUGUCUUUUUCUGCUGGUGUGUGCUGAUCGGCUUCGGAACGGCACUGAUUUGGAACUUUUUGUUCUGGCAUUUGGAGGAUCUGGCCAGCGCCCAGGAAGGAUGUGGCCAUUCGACUUGGAUUAAAACGCUGGAAGGCAUCAUCAUGUCGAUCCAAACGUUCGGCGGUGAGCUGCCAUUCUUUUUCCUGUCCGGUUGGAUACUGAAAAAGAUUGGCCACAUCCACGCGAUGAGCCUGGUGCUGCUUGGGUUCGGCGUACGCUUCCUGCUGUACUCGCUGCUGACCGAUCCGUGGUGGGUCAUACCGAUCGAGUUCAUGAACGGCAUCACGUUCGGUCUGUUCUACGCAACGAUGGCAUCCUACGCCAGCAUCGUUGCACCGCCCGGCACAGAAGCAACCAUGCAGGGACUCGUGGGAGCAGUGUUCGAAGGUGUCGGUGUCUCCCUCGGCAGCUUGCUGGCCGGCAAUCUGUUCCAUCGUAUCGGUGGCAGUGCAACGUUCCGCGCGUUUGGCACGGCGGCGCUCAUACUCUUCGUGCUGCACGUCGUCGUGCAGAAGCUGACCGACCGCUUCAGCAGCCAGGGUAAGCAAAAGCAACAGAAAAUGAACGGCUUGACGGACGUUAAGCUCAAGGAAAACGGAACGCAUUGCGGGUCGGGUGGCGGGCUGGGCGAGAACGGUCUCUGCAACGGGCAGCUGGGCAAAAGCGGCUCCGUCCUGUCGGAGUCCACCGUGCAGGAGGUGCUGCACGAAACCGACCAUGAGCAGGACCAGCUACACGAUUGCCCCCCCGCCAGCCAGGCAGAGGGGCAGAAGAAUGCCUCCAACGGGAACGUGGCCGGACACGAGGGAGAAAAACAGCCGAACGGCAAUACGGUUGCCGCCGCCGCUGUCCAAGGCCAGCUGUACGAAGUGCCAUUAAAUUAGGUUGAACGGGAGAGAUCGCUUCUUCCUCCUACUAUGUUGUCCUUUCAACAAUUCAACAUGAUAUUACACAUCCGGGCAAAAUGGAAGGGGGUUUGGAAAAUCAAUUAGUUGUAAGCUCUGGGGAAGCCCUUCACGCCCGCGUACUGAUACCAUUUACAUUCUCGCAAUCUGCCACAACCAUUGCCACGACCACACAUACAACACACAUACCAACGCAUACAUCCGUACACAAAAAAAGACCACUUCACCUCACCAAAUCCUUCCCAUCGAACGGAUUAUGGACGUACAAAGAACGGCGGUUCAUUUUUUUCUUUCGGUAACUGAUUGUUAGUUUGCGAUAAGUUUGCAUUUAUGUCUUUUCUUGGUUUUUGAUUUUGACGGUCCCCUAUCUUUCUACCUGCUAUGAUGUUCAUAGACUAGCAUUGUGUACAAGUAAUAAAUACGAUUAUAAUUCAUCA